AUGAAGCCAAACUUUCUUCUUUCUUCAGCCACGAGGAUUCCUGUCCUCCUCUUCACCAUUUUCUUCUUUAUGAGCCAAGUUCUACCAGCCAGGGGCAAAUUCAAGGAGAUCUGCGAACGUCCAAAUGGCUCCUGUCGGGACUUUUGCCUCAAAACAGAAAUCCAUGUUGGGAGAUGUUUAAAUAGCCGACCCUGCUGCCUGCCUCUGGGGCAUCAACCAAGAAUUGAGAGCACUACACCCAAAAAGGACUGA